AGAAAGCUUGAAUUAUUGAUGAGAAUAAUGGCGUUGCCGUCUGUCUGGAGCGUGAUGCGUGUGGCGAUCCCGUUCAUCUCGGUGGUCGGCCUGCUGAGCGUGAGGCUUGUCGGAGCCGGCCAGGACUCUGGGAGUGUCAUUCCUGCAGAAAGUCGUCCCUGUGUUGACUGCCAUGCGUUUGAGUUCAUGCAGAGGGCGUUGCAGGAUUUAAAGAAGACGGCGUAUAACCUAGACACACGGACAGAAACCCUCCUCAUGAGAGCGGAAAAGAGAGGCCUGUGUGAUUGCUUUCGUGCAAUACACUGAAAUGAGCACUGGGAUUUGGCCAAUGGACAUUUAUUCAUUUUUAAAAUGCUGUUCAAUAAAUUACAGGAAGAUAGAGUGCAGGUUGUGCCACACCACAAGGAAAACGAUUUUUAUCCAAACAGGUACAGCUCAGUUAGAUAAUCUUUGCUUUGAUGUGUUUUAUCAUUACUGUAUGUGAAAUUGCGUCUGCUGAAAUGUCAACAGAAGAAACAGUGCCAAAGUCUCGCUCAUGGGUUUUAUAUAAGGAUAGCAUCUUGCUUUUCUGGUAUUUCAAGCCAAAAAUUGUCCUUGGACUCUCAGGCCAACCCCUCAGCACAUGUGAAUUGCCAUAGAUUUGUGAAAGUCAGUGAAGUUAAAUUCUUUAAUAUAUUUAUGGUAGAAUGUGUCCCUAACAUGAAAAGGAAGCUACUUUGCAAUGAUGCAUAGCUAAACAUUUACAAACAAGCAGUCAUGGCUUUAUAUAGAAAUUAAUAGUUGUCACUGACUGCUUGGCAGUCCAAGGAAGGUAUUUGCUUCCAAUUGUAUCAAUAGUCCAGUGCAUAGCACACACAGUAAUCUGUAUCACAAUUUUAAUUUCUUCAGAGCCACACAGUAGCUGUGAUCUUUUUGGAGAGAUUUAUUAAGUAUCUAAUGUGAUCAGUAACGUUUGUAAUCACAUGAAUACUGCCUGGCAAUUGAACUGAUUGCGUCUGCCAAAAUCUUCUGGAGAAGUGUCUUUCAUUAAGCAAAUCACAUACUGGAUUGAACCACUCAAACUGGC